AAAAUCAGGAAGAUUUGGGAUGGAGAAAUACCCGUUGUGUCUUGCUAAUAUUCUCUUAAACGUUCUCCCUUUCAGUCUCUCUGAUCUGGCUGCCUUCCACCAUUUGAUCACCGAGAAAUACAACUUGACAACAAACCACACCUGGAUUUGCUUUGGAGGCUCGUAUCCUGGUUCUUUGGCUGCCUGGUUUAGGCUUAAGUUUCCCCAUCUGGUCUUUGCCGCCAUCGCAUCGUCAGCUCCAGUUAGAGCCGUGAUGGAUUACACCGGCUACAACAAGGUUGUCGCUGCGAGUCUGUCGAAUCCAGUGGUGAAAGGUUCCAAAGAGUGCCUGCAAAGCAUAAGAGAGGCCUUUGCUUCCGUGGACAGCAUGAUCCGUGCCGGGUGGCUGGCAAAACUCAGCAUAGAUUUCCACUCCUGCAGCCCUUUGCAAGGGGAAAGCGACUGCCAGGUUCUGGUGACCAACCUUGCCGACAUGUUCAUGGGAGCCGUGCAGUAUAACUACGGUGCGAUUGUGUGGAGCAACGUGGAGAGCAUGUGCAACAUCAUGACCAACAGCAGCAUCGGCUCUCCCUAUCGGAGGCUCAUGGCCACCAACAUCGUCAUCCUGGAGCAGUUGGGAAUGCCAUGCCUGCAAAACUCCCAGGCGGAAAUUGUGGAGGAGUUACGCAACAGCAGCAUUGGGAUGGCGUUCUUCGCUAUGAGACAGUGGUUCUUCCAGACCUGCACAGAAUUUGGCUAUUACCAGACCUGCGAGGACCCAGAUUGCCCCUUCUCUCCCCAAAUGACGUUGGCCUCCCAGUUAGAGAUCUGCUCUCAGGUUUACAACAUCUCCUACCGCAACGUCAGCGAAGGGGUCUCUUUCACCAAUGACUAUUACGGGGCCAAUCAUCCCAAAGCCAGCCGAGUUCUUUUCGUGAACGGGAACAUAGACCCUUGGUACCCUCUGAGUGUCCUCAAGAACGAGUCUGAUUCGGAACCGGCUAUUUUAAUCAACGGCACCUCUCAUUGUGCCAAUAUGUAUUCUCCCGCACCCGGCGACCCUUUGUCCCUUAUCCAUGCCAGACAGCAAAUUACUUCCUGGGUUGGCAAAUGGCUGAAUUUAGCAAAAAUUCACUGAGACAACCU